AGCUCUAUGUCUGUGACAAGCAGAAAUGUAAACAAUUGAAAGCAGCAGCGGAGUGUAAACUGCAUAUAAUUUGAUUAUGAAAUGUUUGCACAUAGAUAUUCAGACGUUUUUAACACAAUGUGCUCUUAACGGUCCCUCUGAACAGUCGUUAAAACGUCGCUGACGCCCGAGCUCUCCGUGAGAAGAUGAUAUAUCACGUUCCCUGGAUCUAUACGCCAGUGCGGACCGUUCUGGCAAUUUGGCACCAGCUGACAAAAACCGAGAUCCCGGAGCUGGCCAAGUGCUCGGUGCUGAUGAGGGAACGCAGCAGAGUGGAGGAAACAAUCCACUGCAUGCAGCGAGCAGGUGCAGGGAACCUGCAGGUAAUCUCAGACUUUGACAUGACACUGACCAGAUUCGCUCACAACGGCAAGCGAGUUCCCACCACUCACAACAUCUUGGAUAACCGGCUGCUGAUUAAUGAAGAAUGCACUAAAAAGAUGAGGGAGCUGUUAAACACUUAUUAUCCCAUAGAGAUCGAUGCUAGCCGGAGUGCUGAGGAGAAACUUCCUCUCAUGGUCGAGUGGUGGACAAAAGUCCACGAGCUGCUGAUUCAGCAGAAGAUCAGAAAAGACAUGCUGGCCCGGGCUGUGAAGGAAUCCAGCGCCAUGCUCAGGGAAGGGUACAAAGUAUUUUUUGACCAUCUGGCUGAGCACCAGGUCCCUCUGCUGAUCCUCUCCGCCGGGGUCGGUGAUGUCUUGGAGGAGGUGAUUCGACAGAACCAUGUCUUCCAUCCAAAUGUCCACAUCAUCUCCAACUACAUGGACUUUGACCACACUGGGAUGCUGCAAGCCUUCAAAGGUCAACUGAUUCACACCUUUAACAAGAGAGAAGGCGCUCUGUCACAUGCAGCCGGACUCAGAGAGCUGCAGGGUCGACCCAACGUGCUGCUGCUGGGAGACUCACUGGGAGAUCUGACCAUGGCCGACGGAGUCUCUGAGCCCCAGAACGUCCUCACCGUUGGGUUCCUCAACGACCAGGUGGAGGAGAGGAAGGAGUCUUACAUCAACUCUUUUGACAUCGUCCUGGUGAAGGACGAGACGAUGGACGUCCCAAACGCCAUCCUCAGGUACAUUACCUCAUCGAGAGACAACAAGUAAGAUGCACAAGGAGGAGCCAGACUUAAUGUCAAAAAUGCACAGAUUACCUCAUUUACUGCAUUCACGCUGUCGCAUGCUGGACAAUCUCACAGCCUCACUGACCUCAUGACUGGAUAUUUGAACAUCAAAUCACACUCUGGACCUGAGUUCACUGUAAUGCGGUGCAGAUGUUUAAAAACGUACUAUUCUGUUUCACAGGCACGGGCUGGGCUUUGUUUCAAACUGUUUCUAGUGUUGCAUCUAACUGGCCACUUGUUACCUCAGCAUAACUCACCGAGCUGCCAGAACAGUAAAACCACAGACAGGUGAAAUUAAUAACACAGCACUCCCCAUUCUCAGAGCAGGACUAUGCACUCCACUACACACUCCUCUCAAGAAACAAGCCUACAAACACCCAAGAUCCCAAUCCACUGAGGUGCUAACUCCAUAACCCACAGGACCCAAACGAUCCGCUUUAUCGGCACAUCCUGUUUUUAUUUGCAGGCUGCCCUGCGGGUAAAAACAACAACAAAAAGAAAAAAAAAAUCAGUCUGAACCAUUAGCCUGCCGGCCCGUUUUACAAGUGUUCUUUAAAUGACAGUAACUUUGUAACCAUUUGUGCUAGAGACAAAAUUCAGACUGUUCCAGAAAGAAGACGGAUUUCACUGGGAUAUUUGGUAUGUCAUGGUAGCACAACACAUUCACAAGGUACUGCUGUCUGAACGCAGACAGCACUUCACAUUACCGCAAUUCCUCAGUCAUGUUGGGGUAUAGAAAACUGGGAUAUAGAAAAUUCAAAUGAUUCCUGAAAGAUGAGACUUUUUUUUUUUUAAAUUUUACACCUGAAGUUACAAAAUAAGUCCAGGCGGCCUGUGUGAUACUUUGGUGAUAACAAGUUUUUCAAUCCUAAUAAUUACCCUGUGAUUUAUUUGUUUUUUUAGGAAGAAGCUGUGUUUUAUGUGUACUGUGUGUUACCUUUGUGUACGCUGUGAGUACUUGAAGUUCUAAACAUACUGUGCACAUGAGUUUCUUCAUAGCAUGCCGCUAUGACAGUGCAGCGAUCAGCCUUUUACCUCUUUUUGUUUUAAACGUUUUGGAUCUGUGACAGUGGAUGCAGACACAUUAAUCCUGCUAUUCUAUGGUAGUACUUCACAACGGGCUGUUACUGUAUGUUAAAUGGAGUUAGUUUGUUGAGCUUUCCCAAACGCAUCGUGCUCAAAGAUAUGAAGAUGUACAUGGACUAGCAAGCGUUUAUAUUUAAAUGUACUGUAUAUUUUUUUUCUUAAAUCCAAAGAAAAAAAGAUUUCCUCUUGAUUUUCUAUGCUUAUUAACUAAAGCAAUAAUAAGACCCUGUAAGUCUAAUAAUAACAAUGAUAACAAAUGCAGUUUUAUGUUGUGAAUCAGUCCUGCUGUAGCAUUUCUUUCUAUUAGAGGUGUCUAAUAACUAAUAUUUUUAAAUUGUUAACAAUAGUUUGCAAGAAAUUGAAACUAAAUCAGUGCAUUUUAGUCUUAA